UUCGUUAAAUGGCUGAAUGAAAAAAUGUAUUCAUUCAAGAAUUUAAAUAAAACUAUAUAUAAAUAUCGUUAUUCAUUCAAGGAUUUAAUUAUAAAACAGGUUUGAAAUGAGUACACACAAAGAAGAUAAGAAGGAAGAAAAAUGUCAGAAGUGUCCGGAGCCGUUUACCGCACCUGGAAAGUGUUUGGAUGAAGUAUGUUUAGUUUUCGAUGAUCAACAAGAACUGUAUGUUUCACAAAACUUUCUUAUACUUUCUUCACCAGUUUUUGAUGCCAUGUUCAAAAAUGAUUUCAAAGAAAAGCAGCAAUCAGCAGUCUUCUUGAAAGGAAAGAACCAUUCAGAAUUUCAUGAAUUUUUACUGUGUAUUAAUCCAGGGACAUUUAAGCCAGUUACAGAAGCCAAUGUUCUGCGCAUUGUACCUAUAGCUGAGGAAUAUCAAGUUGACCCUAUCAUCCAAAUUUGCCAACUGAUUAUGCAAAACUGGCUCCAGAAAGAAUAUGUAUCUGCUAAAAGCAACAAAUAUUAUUCAAAUUAUUAUCAUCAUAGCGUAGUGCCAACAAGACAAUGUUUGAGUAUUCUUACGACGUCUUUGUCACUGAAUUACAAAUCACUUAUAGACAACGCUGUGGAAAUUCUCGCAAAAAUGCCACAUAGAAUAUAUUAUGGCUCGUAUAAACCCGACACUCUUUGUACCGACUGUCAUUCACAAACACGAGAUUUGAACGGAAAAAAUAUUACUGUCCGUGAAAUCAUUGAUGAAUGUAAAAUAGUUUUCCAGACCCUUCCUGCAGAGCUUAGAUGUACAAUAUUAAGCAAAAAACUGGCACUGUAUGAAGACAAUUACACCUUGUAGCUGUUCGCUCAAUAUAUAUAUGACACGCUAUUUAUAUGUGUUAUUUUUCUUUCAAGAAGACAGCGUUUAUUUUAAAUAAUUUAUCAAUAAUCGAUACCGGUAUGAUUACGUUUACAAAACGUUUAUUAAAGUCGUUAUUUUAGAAAAUAUCUAUAUAUACAUGAUGUCUGUCACUUUCAUAAU